AUGCAAAAAGUAAUUCAGCGCACAGUCCUUGCCGAAAAGCAAGCUGUCCGGCGGCUUGCACGGCGACACCGCAAAAAUGAACUCGAAUUGUUUGCCGUACGACAAGACAGACUCAAACAAGUGGGCUUGGAAAACCUAAGACGGGAGAAGUUAAAUAAGGUGGUGCGAAAAGAGGAUUGGGAAUUGAAGGAUUUGGCUCCGAAGAGAGAUGUAGGUUCGCGGGCUGAAACUUACGGAAGUAUCAAUGCGGAAUUCAUGGAUCUGGCAAUACCGAGGCGAAAAGAUGUAUUGGAGAUACUGGAUAUAUGGGGAGGGAACAAACAUUUGAAUAUUAGGGAGGGGGAUAGAGUGGUUGUGAUAUCGGGGAGGGAUAGGGGGAAGAUUGGGAAGAUAGAGAAACUCGAUAAGCAGAGGGCGGAAGUUACUUGUGAGGGACUGAAUAUGAUUGACAUAGCAAUACCCGAUUGGAUGAUAGCAGACUCCGACCAAGAUCGCCGUCCCGUUCGCUCAGUUCCCCAAGGCAUCUCCCUGAAAGACGUCAAAUUAGUAUUCCCCUACACCGACGCCAAAACCGGCCUCACCCGCGACGUGAUUGCCAAAAAGCUCGCCCACCACAACAUGUUCCGAGACCGCCACGCGCAAACCGUCAAAUGGCAGCGUAUAAUCCCGGGCGUCGGCGAUCGUCCUAAUAUAAUAGUUCCAUGGCCGAAGAGCGAGCCUCGAGUGCACACGGACAAUGAUUGCGAUACCCUACGAAUGGAGGUAGAAGAAAUAUCCUUCGUGCCCACGCUCUUGACGCCUCCGAUGCCCGGCAGCGUAAUCGAUGAGCUGAGGAAUAAAUAUUCAGUAUACAGGAAGAGACAUGACCCUGAAUAUGUGGAGAAAAAGCUAGAGGAAGAUAGACAAGAAGCGGCGAGCAAAAGGACGAUUGAGUCGAUGAGGACGCCAUUGAAUGAGAUUAAUAGGAGAGAAAGAAAAGUACGAAGGACAAUGGGCAGGGGCAGCCUGGAUCGAGGCAUGUUGUUAAGAAUCGGACAGGUGAUUUCCAGGAGGAACGGAACGGUUAUGAGACAGGUGGGUAUUAGCACGCCUGGAGGGCCUGGAGGGCCUGGAACUAAAAAGGCUGGUGAAGUGAAGGCUACUUCUCCGCCAGCAACUCCACAUACAGAGCCCAUUCCAGUGGUUGCUUGA